GGAUGAAGGACCGCCUGGCCGAGCUAGCAGCGUGUACACAAAAUGAAGAUGGAGAAGCUUCUGUUGUCGUUGAAAAUGACCAUUACAUGGAAGACUUCUUCCAACAGGUUGAGGAAGUCAGAAAGCACAUUACGAAAAUAUCGGACGUCUUGGAAGAAGUAAAGAAGAAGCACAGCAUUAUCCUUUCUGCCACAAAUCUUAAAGAUAAAACAAAGGAGGAGCUUGAAGAUCUGAACAAAGAAAUCAGGAAAACUGCAAAUAUUGUUCGUGCAAAAUUGAAAGCCAUGGAACAGGGUUUAGCUCGGAAUGAGAACGCAAAUCGGACUUCGGCAGACGUCAGAAUACGGAAGACGCAGCACUCAGUGUUGACACGGAAAUUUGUGGAGGUCAUGACAGGAUACAAUGGAACGCAGACCUUCUUUCGAGAACGCACAAAGGAUCAGAUACGGCGGCAGUUAGAAAUCACUGGAAAGACCACCACUGACGAGCAACUGGAAGAUAUGCUGGAGAGUGGCAACCUUUCUAUUUUCACGUCCGAUAUUAUCUUGGACACCAAAAUUACCAGAGAAGCGCUGGACGAAAUUGAAUCGCGUCACAAAGACAUCAUAAAACUGGAAUCCAGUAUACAAGAGCUGCAUGAAAUGUUUAUGGACAUGGCAAUGCUUGUUGAGGUCCAGGGUGAAAUGGUCAACAGCAUUGAGAAGAACGUGAUGAACGCAGUUGAUUACGUAGAACACGCAAAAGAGGAGACCAAGAAAGCCGUCAAAUACCAAAGCAAAGCUCGCAGGAAAAAGUGGAUAAUUCUGAUUGUUGUGCUGGUUGUGCUGGCCAUUGUUGCUCUGAUAAUUGGCUUGUCGGUCGGGUCUCAGUGACGGUCGGAUGCACCAGCACGUA